AUGUCUGAAGGUAAAAGAACGAAGCCAGAGAAGAGGAAACUGGGGCAAAACGACGACGGCGAAUCCGGGUCACAAAAAAAGGCGCGAGAAGUUAACGGAGAAGGGACGACUGUGACGGAGGAGGAGGUCGACGAGUUCUUUGCGAUACUCAGAAGAAUACGUGUGGCGGUUAAUUACUUCAAGAAGGAUAACGGCGUCGGUGAAGGACGUAAUUUAACGAACAGAGGGGCGUUGGAGUGGGAAAUCAGUAACGCAGAAAAUAACAGUGUUACAGCGGAGAUGACAACAGUGACGAACGACGCACAGAAAAAUAUGGGCUUGGAUUUGAAUGCUGAUCCGGCUAUGGAUCCAGACCCGUUUUAA